AGCCGCAGUUGGAACCACCGACAGACAAAGAGGAAGGGAGUGUGAGGAAGCAUCGUGUUGUUGUUUACUUUUCAUUAUCGGUGAAAUUAGUGGAUUAUAUCUGGUUUGUCAUGAAGAUAAAUGAGAACACUUUACUGGAGGGGCAUAAAGUCGUGCUCGUGCCUUAUAAUGCGGACCACGUGCCCAGGUAUCACGAGUGGAUGAAGUCUCCUGAGCUGCAGCAGCUGACCGCCUCAGAGCCUCUGACCCUGGAACAGGAGUACGACAUGCAGAGGAGCUGGAGGGAAGAUAGCGACAAGUGCACGUUCAUCGUCCUGGAUAAGCAGCGGUGGGCGGACACCGGUGUAGAAGAGGAGCAGUGCAUGGUGGGAGAUGUCAACAUCUUCCUGACUGACCCCACAGAUCCGUCCGUGGCUGAGUUGGAGAUCAUGAUAGCAGAGCCAAGUUACAGAGGGAAGGGCAUCGGGAAAGAGGUGACACUCAUGAUGAUGUGCUACGGUGUCACCAAACUUGGGGUCAAAAAGUUUCAAGCGAAAAUUGGGCUGGACAACCAGGUCAGCAUCGCCAUGUUCAAGAAACUCCAGUUCCAGGAGGCGUCGGUGUGUAAAGUGUUCAAAGAGGUGACCCUCGAGCUGACGGUGGACGAGUCGGUUCGCACGAGGCUGCUGGACGACACGGCGAACGUGAAGGAGCGAGACUACAGACAGACCUGCAGCAACAGACAGGAGCUGGUUUCAUCGUGAAGAGCUAAAGACUUCCAGCUGUGAAGGAAAUCAUUCUGCACACAGAACUCUGAAGCUGAAAACUGGUGUUCGGUUUAGACUUGUACCCCUGUAAGCUGUAACACCAGAAUACUUCAUUACUGCAGAGAUGGGAAGUAACAGAGUACUUUUACUCAAGUGUUGAACCUAAGUGCAGUUUUUAGGUAUCAAGGAAAUGUAUUUAUCAUUAUUCAUCACAGGGUUGUAUAAGACACAUAGAAAAAGAUCAGAAUAACAUAUAAUAAGUAAUAAUAACCAAUAUAUACAGUUAUUUAUAUACAUAUAGAUAUACAUGUAGACACCGAAGCAAUAAGAUAGUGAUGAUAAUGUGGUUUCCAUACAGUUUGACUGCGUUUGAGCACCAGGAGUCCGCCUCCUCUCAUGUUGGGCUCUGUCGGCUCGGAACCACCAGUCGAGUGCUCGAUCCAGGAUGUUGAUAGACCAGCUCUCUGUGAGGAUCGGGGCACAACAGUCCCAUUUCGUCCAGACUGGACAUUAGCCAGGAGCUAAGCUGGUUCUUCAUUGUUCUAAUCUUCCUCUCCUCCUGGAGCGACAGCACCCUCUGUGGUGGAUCGUCUCUAGGUCGUCUGCUGCUCUUCAAUCCGAACCCCACAUGCUUCCUUUUCCGAUGACGGUCGGCUAUUUCUGUCAUAGGUAAUGUUUGUUUCAUCAAUAAAGCUGAAAACAAAAACUA